CAGAUAUUAGUGCUGUGACUAAAGUAACCGAGAGCAGACACGGAACUUGCAUUGCUGCCACCUCGAGAGAGGCGACCUUCAACAGCGUUGCAUCAGGAUUCUUAAAUCAGUUUUCCUGAAACAGGAUCGCAUGAUGUACGGUUACGUGCUGGUGCUGGUGAUGCUGUUGGCUGCUGCCGGCGCUGCGCCUCCGCAGACAGUGACGGCCAGUACGUCGACGACGGCCAGCGCGCAAGAGGUGUACGACUCGCUGCCCGAGGAAGAGCGCGAGCCAUUCCUGGCGUACGAGCUGGCUAUGGGUCUGGACCAGGUGGCGAGGCGGAGCGCGCUGGCCAACAUCGGCGAUGACUCCCGCUCACUGGCCGACCAGCUGCACGACGCCUACGGCAUCCCCUACAACCUUCGCCUCAAGUUCAAGAAGUUGCCGGCCCCCAGUGACUUCGACAUCAAAAUGUAUGGCUGGGUAAAAAUGUCUACGGACCCAACCUUCCAGCAGAUGAUGCAGCUGGCCGCUAGUGGUCGCUACUGCGUCGGCAGCGACACGUGCUUCACGCUUCAAGAACCCUUCGGCAACUGUUGCCCCUUCUGAUAGCCAGUAGCUUUCUUUUCUCAUUACGAACUCACCAUUAAAUCUCACUACCCUAAACACCAUUUCUGAGGAUUCUGCGCGAAAAAUGAAGUUGGCACUGCAACAUCAUUCGUCAAAGUACACGCGAAAGAAUUCCACGAUCACUCCAAAACUUAAUUACAUGUUUCUCACUUUAGACUGAUACAGCUCGCGUCGCAAACAGCGGCAAACCAGAUGGGAACCUGUGUCCCUCGCAACCAGCAACACGCAACAUGCAUCUAAACGCUAAACAAACUCGUACCUAAUGUACCACAUCUACUGCAACAGUUUUGCUAUGCAUGUCUUCUGCAGCGACUUGUGAACAGGAAUAGUGCAUAACCUUUAAGGAAACCUCAGAUUAAGAAACGCUACGAUCCGAGGAAUCAGGUCAACAACCGUUUUCAUAAACAACGUGUCUCCUCCAGUCCUGCGAACAAGACACGGAUGAAAAUCUCCCGCACACUUCUACCGAAAUAUGUUGGGUAGAAUGAAGAGAGUGGAGGGAUGGUGGAGGAAGUGGCCGACCUUCUACAUGUGAAAUUUAAUAUUCAUCAACUAUUAUCGUUCAAUUACAGCAUCAAAGAGCGUUGAAACACAAGCUUAAACGAAGCACCAAUGUCUGUCACUUCCAAAGUUAAAUGGUUUGCCUCACGAAAUAUUAUCUAGCAGAACUUUGCUGGUGAAAACGUCGUUACUGUCGGUGUCGGCCAUGCCUUCGUAAUAAAUAGUUCAUUAAGUUUUUGGUUUGUGGUAUUUUUAUGUGUGUAGCCCAAAUAUUUCUUAGAGAUAGUAAUUUGUAAACCAAGGAGAAGUUAAAACUCUCCAAUGCUUCAUCAAAAUAGGUUCAGAAUAGUUGACAUUCAGAGUAUUUUUCAUUUAGUGUAAAUGAACCUAAUUUCACUAUAUUUUAUGUUUCACUGUGUGCCUUUUUAUGUAAAAGAACUUACUUUAUUAUUCUUCAAAAACUAUGUUCAUUAUUCUUUUUAGCAUUGUAAUUGUGUAUGAACAAUUUUGGGUUUCAUUAUAAAUAUAAGUAUUCUUUUAUUGAAUAACUAAGUGACAUUAUUAUUUCUUGGAUAAAAAUAUUCAAUUUGUAACAAAGCAUUCUCAGACAAAAUUACUGUGCCAU